AUGGCCCCCGCCGCCCCGCCUCCGCAACGCUUUCCAGUUCCCACAGGCCCCAUCAACUAUCGAUCCCCAUAUUCGUUUUCCCUGCCUGCUACCGACGUCAUGGAGGACAUCGAGUACAAGCUAGAAGCGGUCAAGGCCACUCGGGUCCCGUCCGAAGAGAUCGACCAGACAUUUCGGUCAAGUUGCAUCGAUCUUGUAUCGGAGGGCCUCGGAGGUAAGGUCCUGGGCUUCUCAGACCAAUGGUUCGCAGAAGCUACCAACUUGAUCAACCCGGCGGCACCCAUACAACAAGCUGGCAAGUUCGUUUACACAGGCGCCUGGUAUGACGGCUGGGAGACAAGGAGGCACAACCCGGGGCCCUUCGACUGGGUUGUCAUCCGUUUGGGUGUGGCCUCGGGCACAGUAGAGGGCGUCGAAGUGAACACGGCUUUCUUUACGGGCAACCACGCGCCCGCCAUUUCGGUCGAGGGUUGUUUCAGCCAAAACGACGAAGAGGUACUGUCAUGGAAAGGCGACCGCGGGGGUUGGGAGACCAUCCUCGGCAUUCAGGAGUGUGGGCCAACGCAGAGGUUCGGGUGGAAACUCGACAACCCCACCAAGAAGCAGUACACACACGUCCGCCUGAACAUGUACCCCGAUGGCGGCAUCGCUCGCUUCCGCCUCUUCGGACACGCCGUGCCCGUCUUCCCCGAGGACAAGGAAGCUAUCUUCGACCUUGCGGCUGCCCAAAAUGGCGGCGUGGCCGUCUCAUGCAACAAUCAGCACUAUAGCUCCCCGUCCAACCUAAUUCUGCCCGGUCGUGGCAAGCACAUGGGCGAUGGGUGGGAGACGGCGCGGUCCCGGACCAAGGGCCACAUCGAUUGGGCCAUCAUCAGGCUGGGGGCGCCCGGGUAUAUCCAGAACUUCCUCGUCGACACAGCCCACUUCCGCGGAAACUACCCACAGCAGGUGAGGCUUGAGGCGAUCGAGUGGAAGGGUGAUUCAGAGCCAACUGCAGAUGCCAAGGGUUGGGUCAACAUGGCGGAACCCAUUAAGUGCCGCCCUGAUGCAGAGCACCCCGCAGAGAGCCUGGUGAAAGACAAAGCGUUCACCCACGUGAAGCUCAUCAUGGUUCCUGAUGGAGGAGUCAAGCGGGUGCGUGCUUUUGGGAAGAGGGCUGUUUGA